AUGUUUGCUAACUUUGCUGGUUUCCCCUCUCCAGCCUCACGUGUGGUCGAAGCCGAGCCCCCGACGUCGGACUCUCCCGAGGUGAUCUACGACGACGUGCCCGGUGAGGAGCCCCUCUCUCCUGUGGAAGACAUGAUUUACGAGGACGUGCAGAGAGACACCGGUCCCUCGAACACGGGCAACGGCUGGAGCUCCAGCGAGUUCGAGAGCUAUGACGAGCAGUCGGAUAACGAGGCCAAAGUACCUGCAAAGAGCAAGGUGCAGCAGCUGAUGAAGGCGGCGAGGAGCGGGACCAAGGACGGGCUGGAAAAGACCAAGUUGGCCGUCAUGCGGAAAGUGUCCCUCCUGCAGAGGAAAGAUCAGUCGGCGAGAACAAAAGUCUCUUCAUAUUUUAGAGAGGAGGAGGAUGAUGCAGGAUACCUGGAUGUGGCUGUGUCGGAAAUGAAGCACCCUCCCCCACAACUGAGUCCCAUGCCGGAGGGGCUGACCAGCCACCAGGUUGUCAGACGCCACAUCCUCAGCUCCAUCAUCCAGAGCGAGCGCAGCUACCUGGAGUCUCUCAGGAGAAUCCUGCAGGAAUACCACCGGCCCCUGAUGGAAGCAGAUCCGCGCAUCCUGAGUCCGAGGAAGAUCCGCCCCAUCUUUCACCGCGUCCGGGAGAUCACGCAGUGCCACUCCAUGUUCCAGAUCGCCCUGGCGUCUCGAGUGGCUGAGUGGGACAGCAGCGAGAAGAUUGGAGACUUAUUUGUGGCCUCGUUCUCCAAGUCAAUGGUGCUGGAUGUGUACAGUGAGUACGUGAACAACUUCACCGGGGCCAUGGCUCUAAUUAAAAAGGCCUGCUUGUCCAAACCGGCCUUCCUGGAAUUCUUAAAGAAGAAGCAGGCAUCCAGUGUUGACCGCAUCACUCUGUACGGCCUGAUGGUGAAGCCCAUCCAGAGAUUCCCUCAGUUCAUCUUGCUCCUGCAGGUAUCAACUCCUGUUUGUCUUACAAGCUUAAACACAUCAAGUAUCAGAGACUUCAGUCGGAUUAAACAUUUAGCAGCGUGA